CUUCUGGGAGGUCUUCGUUCGGGCUGCGGGAACAGGCGUUGGAUGUUUAGGACGUGGGAAGAAAGGGGCGGCGUGUGUUGAAGGCUCUGAGCUCGGCCUGGCGAUGGAAGGGUUUGAGGAGGCGGGUCACAGAGCGUCCUGGGUUGGGGCGAGGGGUGGGGCUGGGGCCGGCACCACGUGGAACCCCUCAGGCUUAAAAGGGACAGCUCCAGACUGGCUGCUCCGGCUUUGAAACGGAAAUCUUUCUGUUUGGGAGCCUCCUGUUCAGGCAGGCGCGGAUCGAUAAUAUCUUGAAUUUUCUCAUGGUAGCCGCCCGCUGGACUGGGGUUUCUUUUUGAACCGUGCUUAUGUAUAUGCCCUGUUUUUCCUCUUUAAAGAUCUCUGGGAUCUUUGGUUAUUUUUUCUUGUUUUAUGGCAGUGCCAGGUCUGUCUCCAAACCAGGCCUGCUCUCCUGACCUCAUUCUUUAUCCCGUGGUUUUGACAAACUCCCGUUCACGCCACUUUGCCAUAAUAGGUGCCUUCUCCCAGAAAUGAGUUUCUUCUAAGGUUGAGGAAUUUCCCAGUGUCAUCUACUGUACUCUCUUCCUGGCACCUACUAGGGGUUCAUUUGGUCAGUAUAUCACUCAGCUUACUGUGUUUCAGGGCAGUGCUAGGUACAGGGGAGACAUGAUUGCUGUUUACGGUAUGUGCAUAAAAUGCAUAUUAUAUGCCAGUUAUUACGCCGAGGGCAUUCACUGCUGUAUUUUUAGUACCUGGAACAGUGCCUGGCAUAUAGUAGUCUCUCAGAAAAUAUCUGAAUGAGUAAAUACAUUUAAUUUGCUCAGCAACAUUGUAAGUUAGAUAUUAUUAGUCUUAUGUUACAGAUAAGAAGCCUGAGACUUAGAAAAGUUAAGAAGUUAACAAAUGUCACUUGGCCAGGAGGUGUUAUAACCACAAGUCAGGGCCUUUGCCCUUGCUGUUCCCUCUGCGCUCUUCCCAGAUCUUCGCACAGCUCAUUUAUCUUUGUGCAGGUCUUAGAGACAGUAGGUGACAACUUGCUUUAAGGUUGCCCCGCCGGCACUUGCCACCUCUGUUCUGUCCGAGAGAACUUAACGUUCUGGCUGGUGAACAAGAAGUUAUCACAUGUUUUAUUUUCUUCAUUGCCCGUUUUGUAAGCAAAGAUCAGUGUGUUUGUAGAUUUGUGUACCCACCAGAAUACAAGUACCAUAAAACAUGUACCAUGUCCAGUUAUUUACUGCCGUGUCCCCAGUGUUUGUUACUGAGGCCAAGACAUAGUUAAGAGACUGAAGGUAUUCAUUAAAUGGACGGAUGCCUGUGUCCAUAGAAGGAAGAACAGACUCAGAGAGUCGUCACUUGACUAGUGUCAGUACAACUACACAGUGGCUGAGCCAGAAUUAAACCCGCCAUUCGACAGUGCCAGCAUUGGGAGGGUGCACAUCUGGCAUGUCUGCGGGGCUCCACACCCUUCCAUGAGGCGCCGUGCCUCCCCAUGACACUCUGACCGGCCCUCCCCACAGGCAGUUCUCAGAUAGUCCUUCGCCAUCUGCACCAUUCUGGCUCUCUGCACUGCGAUCCCUCCAGAACAGAGACCAAGUGCAGCUGCUCAGUAAGUGCCCCCAGAAUAAACAGUAUCCAGAGGGUGUGCACCCUACUGGAGACGCAGAACUCUGGGGCUCGGGAGAAAGAACUCAGACAAAGUCAAGUUCCCUCUUGAGCCCCUAGGCCCCUGGAGCAUGGGAACCACCCAGGCUGUAGAGUGGAGGUGGAGGCAGGCGCUUGUGACCUUGGGCAUUUAUCCGACACUCCUUGUCAGAGCUUGGAGUGUCUUAAGGAUGAAGAAGGCCUAGAUUUUCUGCUUUUACAGCUUAGGAAGAUCAGAGAAUAAAUAAAAUUGCUGCUGCUCUUGGAAAACUUGGGAGAGGAGACCAUGAAGACUUUAAGACAUGAGGAAAGAGCUCUGUGUUCUCAGGCCUCAGCCCUGGCCCGGCACGGGGAGAAGACCAGGUUUCAGGAGGCUGUGACCUUCAAGGACGUGGCUGUGGUCUUCACCGAGGAGGAGCUGGGGCUGCUGGACCCGUCCCAGAGGAAGCUGUACCGAGAUGUGAUGCUGGAGAACUUCUGGAACCUGGUCUCACUGGGAGACAAGAAUGGAAAGGAAAUGGAGUAUAUUCAAGAAAGAGAAUUAAAGUUCCUUUCAUGCAGAGAACUCUCCUACUGGAAAAUCUGGGAACAGGCGGCUGGUGAAUUGACCGGGAGUCAAGACCAUCGAGUAAAUCUUCAAGGGAAAGAUGUCCAGUGUUCAGAUGACACUUCCGUACGUCAGGAGUGGGAAAGGGCAUCUACUCAGCGCUCACAAGUUGAAAGUUCGGUGAACAGCCCUCAAAGAGAUGGGCCCAUCAAUUUGGGAAAUCAAGAGCUUCCCACUUGGAAAGCUGUGAGACCGGUUUCCAUUCAAAAAUAUCGGACAAAAGUCUUUGUGAACAAGCCAUGGAAUGUUCUAGAAAGGAGUAAAAAUCUGAAAAUGGAGGGUGUAAUAAGUAAAUGUGAGUGGGAUGGCUAUGGCUUCAGCUGUAAGUCAGGUUGUCACAGUGACCACAGAUUAGCUGAAAGAGAGAAAUCAUGUAAUUGCAAUAAAUGUAGAAAAGACUGCAAUAAACAGUCAGUACUUCACCCCAGCCCCAGAGAGAAGGGCUUGGUGAGUGAUGAAUGUGGAAAUGGCUGCGGGGACGAUUCAAACCACCCUGCUUUUCCAAGAGUCCCUCUGGAAGAGAAACCCUGCACGUUUCAUGAAUUUGGUCCGGAUGGGAGGCGGACUGCCUGUCUUGAGAGACAUGAAAGAAUUCCCUCGGGAGGUAAAUCCUAUAAAAGUAACAAGUACAGUCUGGGCUUCAGGCAGGACACAGGACUUCACGACUGCCCCGGGGUCCCAGCAGGAGAGACACCCUACAGAUGUGACGUGUGUGGGAAGGGGUUCGGGUACAAGUUGGUUCUUCUGAUCCAUCAGUGGGUGCACACGGGGAAGAAGCCCUACAGAUGCAAGGAGUGUGGGAAAGCCUUCGGUCAGAGCUCCAAGCUGCUUGUCCACCAGAGAGUCCAUAAUGGAGAGAAACUGUUUAAAGGCCGUACGUGUAGAAAGGGCUUCAGCUACAACUCGGUGCUUCAGGUCCACCAGAGGCUGCACACUGGGGAGACGCCCUCCACUCGUGGCGAGUGUGGCAAAGGGUUCUGCACAAAGUCUGUACUGCAUACACAUCAGCGUGUCCAUCCGGGAGAAACACCCCACAGCUGCAGCGACUGCGGGAAGGGGUUCAGCUGCAGCACCCACCUCGGCAGUCAUCAGAAGAUGCACAUGGGAGCGAAACCCCUCCAGUGUGACACGGGUGAUAGAGGUUUCAGUCACAGCUCGUGCCUUUGGGCUCUCCAGACAGUCCACACGGGCAAGCGCCCGCAUGCAUGUGACGUGUGUGGGAAGAGUUUCAGUUACAGGUCAGGGCUCCUCAGGCAUCAGAGGCUACACACGGGAGAGAAGCCCUACAAAUGUGAGUGUGGGAAGAGCUUCGGCCGCAGCUCCGAUCUCCACGUGCACAAGAGAGUCCACACAGGAGAGAAACCCUAUACGUGUGUGGAGUGUGGGAAGGGCUUCCGACGGAAUUCAGACCUUCAUAGUCACCAGAAGGUCCACACGGGAGAGAGGCCCUACCUAUGUGACAUGUGUGGGAAGAGUUUUAUUUACAGCUUUGACCUGGUCAUCCACCAGAGGGUCCACACAGGAGAGAAACCCUAUAAAUGCACUGAGUGUGGCAAAGGCUUCAAUCACAGCUCAGGGUUUCUCAUCCACCAGAGGGUACACACAGGUGAGAAACCUUAUCGGUGUGAGGAGUGUGGAAAGGGCUUCAGAAGCACCUCAAGCCUUCACAAACACCAGCAGGUCCACACAGGAAAGAAGCCCUAUACGUGCGAUCAGUGCGGCAAAGGAUUCAGUUACAGGUCAAAUCUGCGCACCCACCAGAGACUGCACACCGGAGAGAAGCCCUACACGUGCUGCGAAUGUGGAAAGGGCUUCAAAUACGGCUCAGGUCUCCUCAGUCACAAGAGAGUGCACACUGGGGAGAAACCGUAUCGCUGUGAUGUGUGUGGGAAGGGCUACAGUAAGAGCUCAUAUCUUCAAGGGCAUCAGAGGGUCCACACUGGGGAGAAACCCUAUAAGUGUGAGGAGUGUGGGAAGGGCUUUGGCCGAAGCUCCUGUCUUCAUGUCCACCAGAGGGUGCACACUGGGGAGAAGCCCUAUAAGUGUGAGGAGUGUGGGAAAGGCUUCAGCUACAUCUCAGGUCUACGAAAUCAUCAGAAAGUGCACUUCAGUGAGAAGCCUUCUAAGGAGGGGCGAGUUGAGGUCUCUAGUUAGGACUCAGAACUUCAUCUGACAGUGAACAUGGAGAAAAACUUGAAUGUAUUGUGUGGGGAGGGCUGCAGUGGAGCUGGCAUCUUCACAGGUGGCAGCUAGUCUGCAUGGAAGGAUCCAGAAAUUUGAUAAAUAGGGAAAGCACUUCAGCCACAAAUAGUCUUCUGUAGUGUUGCACAGCAGAAUAGUCCUUAAAGACAUGACAUGGCAGUAGCUGCAGUAGAAAUGGUGACUUUUAGAGUUGGUUUAGUGGGAGGUUUUGCAAAUGAUGGGGAGUGAGAAGGUACCAAAGGAAGAGAUUAUGGCCCUGGCUGGUGUGGCUCGGUUGGCGCUUUGUCCUAUAC